GAUGAUGGAGGAGGAGAUGGAGUCUGGGAUGGAGAAGGUGGAGGAGGAGAUGGAGGAGAGGAUGGAGGAGGAGAUGGAGUCUGGGAUGGAGAAGGUGGAGGAGGAGAUGGAGGAGAGGAUGGAGGAGGAGAUGGAGUCUGGGAUGGAGAAGGUGGAGGAGAGGAUGGAGAGGUUGGAGGAGAUGGAGAAGGUAGAGGAGAUGGAGAGGUUGGAGAGGACGGAGAUGAUGGAGGACACGAUGGAGGAGAUGGAAAGGUUGGAGGAGCGAAUGGACAAGAUGGAGGCCAGGAUGGACGCAAUGGAGGAGAACAUGGACAAGAUGGAGGAGAACGUGGACAAGAUGGAGGAGAACGUGGACAAGAUGGAGGAGAACGUGGACAAGAUGGAGGAGAACGUGGACAAGAUGGAGGAGAUGAUGGACAAGAUGGAGGAGAACGUGGACAAGAUGGAGGAGAUGAUGGACAAGAUGGAGGAGAACGUGGACAAGAUGGAGGAGAACGUGGACAAGAUGGAGGAGAACGUGGACAAGAUGGAGGAGAACGUGGACAAGAUGGAGGAGAACGUGGACGAGAUGGAGGAGAACGUGGACAAGAUGGAGGAGAACGUGGACGAGAUGGAGGAGAACGUGGACGAGAUGGAGGAGAACGUGGACGAGAUGGAGGAGAACGUGGACAAGAUGGAGGAGAACGUGGACAAGAUGGAGGAGAACGUGGACAAGAUGGAGGAGAUGAUGGACAAGAUGGAGGCCAGGAUGGACAAGAUGGAGGAGAUGAUGGACAAGAUGGAGGCCAGGAUGGACAAGAUGGAGGAGAACAUGGACAAGAUGGAGGCCAGGAUGGACAAGAUGGAGGAGAUGAUGGACAAGAUGGAGGCCAGGAUGGACAAGAUGGAGGAGAACAUGGACAAGAUGGAGGCCAGGAUGGACAAGAUGGAGGAGGUGGAGGCUGGGAUGGACAGGACGGAGGAGGCCAGGCUGGACCCUCAGGCCCGGACCACACCGGGGCCAUCUUCAGGGGCCCCGGGCGCCCCCCGGGGCGGGAGGAUCCGCUGCGGCCUGCCCCGCCCCCGCCCCGCCCCUCCGGGCUCCUCCCCGCCGGGGUCCUCCCCUCUGGGGCUGCUGGCCGCGCUCCGGGCCCCGAGGACCCGCUUCGUCUACACCGUCGGGACCCUGGACGCGCCAGGUUCGGCCGCCCCCGCGCCCCCUCCCGGAGCCGCCGCCGUCCUCCCCACCGCCCCGCCCGGCCGGGUCCAGCGUCGCCCGCGGGGGACCCGGGCCUCGAACCCGCGGGGGACCCGGGCCUUGAACCCGCGGGCGCCAGCCUCGAACCCGCGGGGGACCCGGGCCUCGAACCCGCGGGCGCCGGCCUCGAACCCGCGGGGGACCCGGGCCUCGAACCCGCGGGGGACCCGGGCCGAGGGGGCCCCUGGGCGGGGUUCCGCUCCGCCCGGGGCUCGGCCAUCCGCGUGUCCGCCGAGGCCCUCAGGGCGGCCGCCCGGCUCUUCCGGGAGGAUGCGGGCUGGACCCGGGGCCUCGGGGAUGCUGUCGCCAUGGAUACGGGCCUCGGGGAUGCUGUCGCCACGGAUACGGGCCUCGGGGAUGCUGUCGUCACGGAUACGGGCCUCGGGGAUGCUGUCGCCACGGAUACGGGCCUCGGGGAUGCUGUCGCCACGGAUACGGGCCUCGGGGAUGCUGUCGCCACGGAUACGGGCCGCAGGGAGGAUGCUGCUCGCUGGACCACGGGCCUCACGGAUGCUGUCGCCAUGGAUACGGGCCUCGGGGAUGCUGUUGCCAUGGAUACGGGCCGCAGGGAGGAUGCUGACGCGGAUACGGGCCGCAGGGAGGAUGCUGCUCGCUGGACCACGGGCCUCACGGAUGCUGUCGCCAUGGAUACGGGCCUCGGGGAUGCUGUUGCCAUGGAUACGGGCCGCAGGGAGGAUGCUGGCUGGACCACAGGCCUCACGGAUGCUGACUUGGAUACGGUCACGGAUGAGGCUCUCUGGACCACGGGCCUCAGGGAUGCUGUUGCCACGGAUACGGACCUCAGGGAUGCUGUUGCCAUGGAUACGGGCCGCAGGGAGGAUGCUGUCGCCAUGGAUACGGGCCUCAAGGAUGCUGUUGCCACGGAUACAGGCCUCACGAAUGCUGUUGCCACGGAUACGGGCCUCAGGGAUGCUGUUGCCAUGGGUACGGGCCAAAGGGAGGAUGCUGUCGCCAUGGAUACGGGCCUCACGGAUGCUGAUGUAGUUACGGUCUCGGAUGAGGCUCUCUGGACCACGGGCCUCGCGGAUGCUGUUGCCAUGGAUACGGGCCUCAGGGAUGCUGCGCCCCCGCCCGGGGCCGCUCAGGGCCGCGGGGACCCCGGGGCGGACGGCGUGUCCGA